AUGCCGAAGUUGCUUUCUGCUCCGUCUCCUCCUCAGCCUAUUCGAUGUCUCCUCCAAGCUCCACGGAAAUCUAUCUCUCUGUCUAGUCCCCGUCAGCACUUCGUGUCAUCUCCAGUACGGCCUUUGGCGCAGCCACGGCACGGGAUUCUCAAUGACUCUUGGCCGACGCCCAUAUCGCCCACGCUCUUCUCGCAGACGCAUCAUGAAUCGUCCAUAGACGGGCUGAAUGGUGGCCCGCAAAAUGACCAUAAGCCACCUGACGAACGGAUUCUGAAACUCGGGAAAACGCUACGCACUCUCUCUCCUCUACUACCUACUCUACUCAUCAACCCUUUACCUCCGAAGAUUCUUUCGCCCAACAUUACACUUCACUUAUUUCCCUCGACCCAUCCGCACCUUCCCACGGUGAAAGGUCGGACAUUGUAUCGAGCCGCGCUCUGGACUGUCCCUGUGGCGUGGAGCAGCUUACCGCUAGUCGGCAACGUGAAAUUGCAGAUUCUCAGCGAGCGGAUCGUUCGUGCAGGCACGGUUUUAGAUCCAGAUGGAUGCAGUGAGAGCGAAAGCGGAGAUGAGCGGCUAGUCGUCCGAUGGAGAACAGAACCCAGGAGAGAGGGGCAUAAAGAUGGCUCAGCCGCUGCCGCGAGCGGGACUAACAAGGCCUUGUCAUCGUCGCCGUCGUCAGAAAAUCUCAGCCAUACUUCUGCGAAGAAUGGCGUCAACAAGGGACUCAGUGUGCUUCUGGGUGGGGAUGCACCUAUCUUCAAACUGUCGAAUGAAGAGCAGUUUACGGGGCUGUUCAUCUUCUCCUUUGAUGAAGAAGGUCGGAUUUCUUCGCACACGAUCGAGCAUGCGGACGAUGCGGACGGAUGGGACCGGACUGCCAAGUUUGUCACGUUGACUGACUGGCUGAUUGGGAAGGCGAGGGGUUCACUAGACCCUCCAGCGCCUGGGCUGGCGAUCCAGGGCUGCCAGACCUGUUUCUUUCCCUCGUCUCGCACGCAUCGCGGCUCUGACCGGUCGUCAUAG